AUGUCGGUCAUUCUAGCCUCCGGUGGAUACGACAGAACCAUUCGCUUCUGGGAUGCCCUCACGGGAGUCUGUUCCCGCACAAUCCCCUUCCAGGACUGGCAAGUGAACAGAGUAGAAAUCACCUCCGAUAAGAGAUACUUGGCUGCCGCCGGAAACCUCUACGUACGAUUGUUUGAUAUACGACAGGCCGGAAGUGCUGGCAGUGCACAGGAUCCAGGAACUACAUCGGCCAAUGGCACGGUCGCUUCGACCAACCAAAAGAACUCUACGAAUGGGUCUCUGACUGCGGCAAUGACUUUCGAGGGCCAUUCGGGCAAUGUCACCCUGAUAGCGUUCCAAGCUGAGAACCGGUGGAUGGUGCUGUCCCUGGAGGAUGGAACCGUCAAGGUUUGGGACGUUCGGUCUCCGUCUGUGCAGCGUAAUUACAAGCACUAUUGUGCUGUCAACGAAGUGGUCAUUCACCCGAACCAGGGUGAACUCAUAAGUUGUGACCACGACGGAAAUAUUCGUAUCUGGGACUUAGGUGAGAAUCAAUGUACGCACCAUCUUAUACCAGAAGAUGACGUGCCUAUCAACUCGCUCUCGGUCGCUAGCGAUGGAAGCAUGUUGGUUGCAGGCAACAACAAGGGCAAUUGUUAUGUGUGGAAAAUGCAAAAUCAGAACGACAUGACAUCUCUCACUCCCGCCACCAAAUUCCGCUCCCAUCUGAAAUACAUCACUCGUGUCUUACUUCUGACAGACAUGAAGCAUCUAGCGACAUGUUCUGCGGACCAUACUGCGCGGAUUUGGCUGACAGAUCAGAAUUUCGCACUCGAAACUACGCUCCAGGGACAUCUGCGUUGGGUUUGGGACUGCGCCUUCAGUGCUGACAGUGCAUACUUAGUUACGGCGUGCUCGGACAAUUAUGUUCGUUUGUGGGACCUUUCUAACAGCGAAACUGUGCGCCAUUACAGUGGCCAUCAUAAAGCAGCUGUCUGUGUGGCACUUAAUGACGUUUAA